AUGUUGCGAGCUUCGUCGGGAAUAUUGAGCCGCCUAACCGCCACCGAAAGUAAAGUUGGCAGUUCGGGAUUUUCAUUGGAAUUUGUUCGCUGGAGACGCAAGCCCCGUUGGUUGCCCACAGCCAAAAGUAAAUUGUUUCGUGUGCCUGAGAGAAAACAACAGUCGCCCGAAGAAAAGGCCGAACUUUUACGUCUUCACAAUAAUUACAAAACACAAUUACGUUCCGUAAGACAGUAUUUGAGAGAGGAGAAUCAACGGAUUGCGGAAACUUCUACAGCUGAUCAUUUCGUUUUGACCGCCGAACAGGAAGAGGCAGAAUUCCAACGUUGCCUACAGGAGAAUGAGAAAUGGAAUAGAGAAGUGGCCCUGUUGCGCGAACAACGUUUGGCCAGGGAACACCAAGAAAAGCAACAAUAUGUUCAAGAAAGAUUACGCUUGGCCGAAGAGAGGGAAGAAGAACGAAUGGAAAAGAUCGAAGCAUUAGUGAGAAAAGAAAAGGAACUUUCCAAAACAUUCAUUACACGAGAAAAUCUGGAUGCGGCCAUCGAACAGGCUUUGGCCAAUCCCAUCGAUUACAACUUCUCUAUCGAUUUGCAAGGAAAUCUGUAUCAUGGACGUUCAACAACUCCCGGCAACACAUCGGGUGGUGGCAAUCAAAACCUCUUAGAGUCGACAGAAGAACGCCUGGAAGCCCAAAACUAAAUUUUUAUUUUUAAGUCUCAGCUGUAUUUUUUUAUUGUUAUAUCAGUGGAGUUUCUAACGUAGCUAAUAUAAUUUGUUUUGUUUCUUUUGAAGAUGAUGUGAAAAAAUGCAGAAUAAAU